GAUGGCCCAAGAUGCAGACACAGAUGGUGAUGGCCCUUCUGGAUAUUUUUCUUUGAUCGACUAUUCUGUGUUUGGCGGAAUGCUGCUAAUUUCGGCACUGAUCGGCAUUUACUUUGCGUUUUUCGCCAAGCAAAAGCAGAACACAACCAAAGAGUACCUCAUGGGUGGAAAAAGUAUGGGAAUUUUUCCUAUUUCUAUGUCACUUAUUGCAAGUUAUAUUUCUGGAAUCUCUUUGCUCGGCAUACCCGCGGAAAUGUAUACUUUUGGGUCGCAAUAUUAUGUGGUUGUUUUUUCCGAGAUCAUGGUCAGCGUCACAAUGGCUUUUGCCUUUAUACCCGUUUUCCACGGCCUCAAUAUCACAUCAUCAUACGAGUAUCUGCGUCUGCGAUUUAAUAAGCCCGUUCGUUUGAUGGGUUCAGCUAUAUUUAUGAUCAAAAUGAUGCUUUACAUCCCAAUCGUAAUCUACAUGCCUGCACUAGCCUUUAAUCAAGUCACGGGCAUCAACUUGCACUACAUCACUCCAGUUGUUUGCAUAGUAUGCAUCUUUUACACCACUCUGGGUGGACUUAAAGCUGUCGUUUGGACUGACACUUUGCAAACCAUUAUAAUGUUCUUGGGUUUGAUCGUUGUUAUGGUUUUCGGAACGACUCAAGUUGGAGGAUUAGCAACUGUGAUUGAGCGCAACGCUCAGAGCGGAAGACUAGAGUUGUUUGAUUUUGAUAUCGACCCAACUACACGUCACACAUUUUGGACGCUAUCAUUCGGCAACUACUUCAAUUGGUUGGCCGCGUGCUCUGUAAACCAGGCCAUGGUGCAACGGUGCCUUGCAAUGCCAACAAUGAAACAGGCAAAAACCGCAAUUCUAAUUUUGACUUGUGGAAUUUUCACCAUUGUUUCAAUGUGUUGCUACUCUGGUCUUGUGGUUUACGCUGCUUUCCAUGACUGCGACCCGAUGUUAAGAGGGCUCGUCAAAAAAUCCGAUCAAAUCCUUCCGUAUUUUGUCACUCAAAUGGGAAAAUCAAUUCCGGGACUGCCUGGACUGUUUGUGGCCGGUGUUUUCAGCGCUGCUUUGAGUUCAAUGUCUACGGGACUUAACUCAAUAACUGCCGUUUUCUACGAAGACUUUGUCAAACCAUCAGUGAAAAAACCUUGGUCCGAAGCCAAAGCCAGUUUUGUAAUGAAGGUGGUUGUUUUUGUUGUCGGGACGAUUUGCGUGGGAAACGUUUUCUUUGUUGAACGUCUCGGGGCGGCAAUUCAGGUUGUUAAAAGUAUGUCUGGAAUUACUGCUGGAGCUUUACUAGGCACAUUUUCCCUGGGACUAUUUUUUCCUUGGGCCAAUUCAAAGGGCACGCUGGCUGGUGGAAUAAGCAGCAUUUUAUUGGUAGCGUGGAUUUCUUUCGGAUCGCAAUCAAAUAUCGCAGCUGGAAAAAUUAAGUUUCCAAAAAAGCCAGUUACCUUGGAAGGCUGUUCAUUGGCACAGCUCUCCGGUUUAAAUACAACAGCGGCUUCGAUUCUACACAUAAAUAAUGAAAUAACGAGCCCCGACGUUUUCUACUUUUAUCGACUCUCGUACUUGUGGUACACCCUGAUAGGAGUCACGACAUGCUGCACUGUUGGUCUUUUAGUCAGUUUUGCUACCGGCGCCAAUAAACCCCAGGACGUGGACCAAAAACUGCUCAGUCCCAUCAUUCACCGCUUCAUCGACUCGCCCAAGAAACAAGAAUCUCACAUGCUCCAGCCAGUUGAGGAAAAAUUACUCACGUCCACGUAAAAAUUA